AUGGAUUCCGAAACGCAAACGAAAAGGAAACAGCCCAAGCCAUUUUCUAUAGAAUCUAUCAUCGGGACGGAUAGAAAAUCACCUGAAAUCGAUAUAGAGAAUAAUAUUUCAGACUUAUCUAGACAGUCCGAUGAUGAUGAUAGGAAUGAACAAAUGAAGUUCUAUUUCAAUGGACCGUUUUUACAGCAACGCGUAAACUUUCCGUUUUUACUGGGUUAUCCUGAGCCGUGGCUGUCGAGGAUGUUUGAGGGGCAACGAGAAAGAGAAGAUGAGAAGAGAGAGAGUCCGGUUAGUGUUGGUAGCGAGGAGAGCGAUGGUGCUGAUGAUAAUAUUCAGGGUAACGAAUCAGAAAUCGACACGGAGGACCCCGACGCGCCAAGAGAGAACAAAGCCCGAAGACGAAGGACGGCAUUCACCUCAGAACAAUUACUCGAACUCGAGAGGGAGUUCCACGCCAAGAAGUAUCUUAGCCUGACGGAACGAUCGCAAAUUGCGUCUGCGCUGAAACUUAGUGAGGUUCAGGUCAAAAUAUGGUUCCAAAACCGCCGGGCGAAAUGGAAACGUGUAAAGGCCGGCCUCGCAUCCGGGAGCCACGCUGGAAGCAAAACGGCCGGCACCAAAAUCGUGGUGCCAAUCCCAGUGCACGUGAACCGCUUCGCAGUUAGAACCCAACACCAUCAAAUGGAGAAGCAGAAUCUACAAUUUCGGUUAGACAGGACACAGCCGUUGCCGGGGAGCCUACUACAAUCGCAGACCUCGGCGUUCUUCAGCGCGACAAAAUUGGCGGAUACACGGCAGGACACGAUUAGUCGCAACACUAUUUUUGACGCGAGCCCGCGGUUGGCAGCACUGAAUCAGCCCGCCAUUAGGCAUUUCCAGAGUAACCAACAUAGCUAA